UGCUGCCGUUCCCCCGGGCGGCACUUUCCCCCCGGGCCGGGGCUGAGCAGCCGCCGCCCCCCGGGACCCCCAUGGCACCGCCGCGAUGUUCGUGUCCCGGCUGCUGGAUUUCCAGAAGACGCGCUACGCCAGGUUCAUGAAUCACCGCGUCCCGUCCAACUGCAGGUACCAGCCCACCGAGUACGAGCACGCAGCCAACUGUGCCACCCACGCUYUGUGGAUCCUGCCCAGCAUCCUGGGCAGCUCCAUCCUCUACAUCCUCUCCGAUGACCAGUGGGAAACCAUCUCAGCCUGGAUCUAUGGCUUUGGCUUGUCCAGCCUCUUCAUUGUGUCCACCAUCUUCCACACCAUCUCCUGGAAGAAGAGGCAUCUCAGGACUGUGGAGCACUGCCUGCACAUGUUUGACAGGAUGGUGAUCUACUUCUUCAUCGCYGCCUCCUACGCUCCCUGGUUGAACCUGCGGGAAUUGGGUCCGUGGGCGUCCCACAUGCGCUGGAUCAUCUGGAUCAUGGCAUCCAUCGGGACCGUCUACGUCUUCUUCUUCCAUGAGCGGUGAGUGCGUGUGCCCGGUGCUGUGCUUGUGACUGUGAGGGAGCAGGAACUGCAGCAGGGAUCUGCCUCUCUGUGCCGCAGGUACAAGCUGGUGGAGCUGGUGUGCUACGUUAUCAUGGGCUUCUUCCCCGCCCUGGUCAUCCUGUCCAUGCCCAACAGGGACGGCCUCCCGGAGCUGGUGGCCGGCGGCUUCUUCUACUGCCUGGGCAUGGUGUUCUUCAAGAGCGACGGGCGCAUCCCCUUCGCCCACGCCAUCUGGCACCUCUUCGUGGCCAUCGGAGCCGGCAUCCACUACUACGCCAUCUGGAGGUACCUGUACCGGCCGCUGGACGCCUCAGAGCCCCGCUAGAGCCUUAAAGACAUUGUCAGUGCCAGCUGGGGACACGGGACAGGGCAGCGGGGACACAGCCCGGCCCCAAAGCACCCCCUGACYCUAUGGACAGCAGCCUUUGGUGCCCUUCCCGCACAGACAGCAGAGCCCGGUGGUUGAUUUUAAAUAUUUUGGUUUUUUUUUAACCUCGGGAACUGUUUAUUUUUUUAGGCAAAGGUUUUGGAGCGCAGGGGCUGACUGGGCUGUGGGUGAUGGGGGAGUGACCGCUCGCUGGGGGCUGUGSUCACUCAUCUGCUCUUGAGCAAGGACUGGAAUUGGCCCCACAUGGCUGUGACACCCUGGGUUUGGCUACUGGGGUCCUUGGCAUGUGYCACCGAGGGGACUGAAUGAGGACAGAGACCCAGUGGUGAGAGGGACACGGYGACACCUCUGCACUGCCCGGACUCGGCUCCUAAAUGCCCUAAGUCACAUCAUCAUUAACUGCUCCAUCCCAGACUCUCGAGGGGAUGGUCCACACUCAACAAGCCUUACAAGAGAUCAAAACUUGAAUCUCUUCCAGGGGUCCCAGUCCCUGAGCACUGGGAACCCUUUCUCUAAGCCAAUAUCAAGUGCACAACUCGGUACAUCCCCCUAGACGGACCCUGGGGUCUCCUACGGACAUUUUCUCCCUGCAGGGCUUGGUUUUCCUGUCCAGCCUCGGUGCUGGGGGCAGCCUGGGGCACAGCCCUGCUCCCAGGCUCUGCUGCACGUGUGCCUUCAGCAGGGAGCAGGGCUGGGUGCUGGCUCUUGGCAUCUCCCUGGCUGGGGUCAGCCCACCCACCCCAUGGGAUUCCCUUUCUCUUGCCACUGGGAUCAUGGAGCCACUGCCUUCUCUGCCCCCAUCUUGCUGAUGAGCCUACUGCUCUUCAUAUUUCAUUUCAAUUUUGGGAAGAUUUCUGGCAUUGCAGGGUGGGAAUGGCUCCAUGUGAAGCUUGGAGGUGAGAUGUGACGGAGAUCCUCGUGAUGCUCAGUUUUGAAAUGCCCAACCACAGCCACAGUGUGCUAACACAGGACAAUGAGACAUGGAACACUGGCAGCAGAACGGGGAAACCACAGCUGGUCCUGCUCCCCAAACACCCUGGCAGAGCUGCUGGGGCCAGGAGGGUCUGCUGUGUGCUGGGCUGUGCCUGCAGCUCCCCUGACACCCCCGAGAGCACCAACAGCCCAGCACCUCUUUCUGGCCUUCGGUGAAUCACAGCUGCAGCCCCUGGAGUGUCGUGGCAAGAGAAGGAGAUUCACAAACACCAUCCCACACCUCCUGUUUCUCUGGCACAUU